AUGCGAUUCGCAAUAUUUGUAUUUCUAGUAUAUUUUUGUCGAAAUGCUGACUUCGAGCCAAAUUUAUGCGAUAAAGAAAUGAUAACCCAGUGUGAUGAAUAUGCAGUUUGUUGUGAUAUUGGUAAAGGGCAAUAUGGUGAGAGCUUUUGUUAAAAAGAAAAACAUUAGUCAAAUAUUUUUGACUUGGGAUUUUUCGAAUUUCUGAAAAUAAUUUAUUCAUAAAAUUGCAAUCCAUUUCAGAAAGUUACUCAAAAAUUCGAAAAUGUUUCUUUUUUUCUUUUGAAAUUCCUAGAAUCAUUGUUCCAAUUUCAUAAUAAUUUUCAGGCUGCUGCCCAUUUACAAACGGAAUUUGUUGUCCCGGUUUUCAUACAUGUUGCCCAUCUGGUUUCCAAUGCACCGAUUCAGGAACUUGUAAGCGUAUCUAA